AAUUAACCUGGCACAAGAAUAAGCUUGUUCCAUAGGAACUUCAUUGUUUAAAGCCCAGUAAUGGAAUCAACCUUUCUGCUUAUCCAAAAGCUUGGCUUUAAGUGAAUAAUAACUUCAUACAGUCAAGUGUGUUAUAUGAACCCUUAUGAUUGUAAUUGGUUUUUUAGGCAUUUUAAGAUUUUAGUAUAUCAUGUGCCAAUUAAGGUGUGGAAUUGGUGAUGAAACACUUGCUACGCUUUCAUUACUUCUGCUAUUGUGCUAUACUUUCUGCUGCAUUUCCUGUCAUUGACUGCUGCAUCUCGUCCAUGAUUUCCCCUUGAUUGUGUCCCCAGUGUUUGUUGCGUUUAUGCUGGUGGAGAUGUAACCUUUGAACUUGAUGCCAUUACUAUUGUUAUGUAUGGACCUUUCAAUUAUUUUCUCUAGUUCAGGAACAAUUUCUUGCUCUGAAAUGGCACUUACAGGCAGAAAGGGAGAAUCAGUGAAGAAUGUAGCUGAGGAGACUAGAGAUAUAGGACAAAAGAUUAAAAGAAUCAGCAUUGCAGACCAGCAUGUAGAUGGAUAUUCUUAUCCUAGAAGUACUAUCAUUAAGCAUACUGUACUGCAGCAAGAAACAUUGAAGCAUGUAAUUAAACAAAGUUGCUGGUCUGCUUCUGUGCAAGGAGACAUGAGAAAGGAGAAAAAAGGACGAAAAUGGCCCAAACCAGACGGAAACAUCGCUAAAAAGAAAAGGAUUGCUCGGGCCUAAUGUCAGAAAACUUGUGCAGCAGUGAGCUGCACGUCUACCAUAACUUUUGAAGACCGAGGUAGGUUUGAUGUGAAUUUCUAGAAUUAGGUAUCUGUCUGUGAUGUUUCUGUGGUGGUUUAGGCUGUAGUUCUCAGUUCCUCUGUCUCAAAGCAUCUUUCAGCACUGUUCUUAUUUCCUUUCAUAUGUAGUACAUGACUGAUGAUCAAUGAAUUAAUACAGGUUUAGCUUAGUUGCCAACAA